AUGCGAUCAGGGUCGGAUCGCCCUGUACUCGGCCUUGACGGAGACCCCGAACAGAUCCAGACAGCGGUGCGGUUUGCGCGAGAUCGACGACUGCGUCCUGUCACCAAAAAUACAGGCCACGACCUAACGGGUCGGCCGAGCGCGCCAGGGUCAUUUCAGAUCGCGACACACCGGCUGAAGUAUAUCAACUACGCCAAGGAUUUUAACCCUGUUGGAAGCAAGGAUGAACCAGGUGUAGGGCCUGCUGUGACGCUGGGGGGGGGGAUUCUCGGUGGCGAACUCUAUGAGGCUGCAGCGGCCGGGGGAUACACAGCUAUUGCGGGAUUGUGUAUGACGGCCGAGGGCAAGAUUGUGACUGCCAAUGAAUACCAAAACACCGAUCUCUUCUGGGCCUUGAGAGGCGGUGGCGGCGGUACUUUUGGCGUCGUUGUUGAUGUCACUGUUCGCGUCUAUCCCGCGACCACAGCGGUGCAUGUCACCAUGGACAGCAAUAUCACAGCGGUCGAUGAAGAUUUCUGGACGGUAGUGUCAGAGCUGUACGCAGCUAUACCCAAAUUCAGCGCCAACCGGAACUUCGUCAAAGUCGACUUUAUAUCAACCGUGGGGAGCAUCUUUGACAGUGGCGACAUCCCCUACACCUCCUCGUCCGAAUUUAUCGAACAAAUUAGCACCAAAUUGGCCGCAAACCCCGGUUUUAUCUACGGGGGUGGGAUUGGAACCUUGCACGGAUCUGUUCUAAUCUCUGAAUCCUACGCCUUCUUCGCCGAGGGACCGGCGCAGAUGGCGACGGCGUUUUCGAAACUCCAGCUCCGACCAGGCGAUGGCAUCCAAGUUGCUAGCAUGGUAACUGGGAAGGUCCGUGAGAACGGGGCCACAGUGCAGAGCGCAAUACACCCUUCCUUCCGCGAGGCGCUGCUUUUUGUCGAUCUGGUGCUGGGUCUUUCUUCGACUUCAUCUGCGGAGGAGCAAGCGGCUGUCCAAAAUAAGCUGACGCAUUUCCAGAUGCCGCAGCUGUAUGCGCUGGAAGAUCAUCGGAUGGCAUCGUAUUAUAAUAUUGGUAAUCCGGGGGAGCCGGAUUUCCGUCAGGCGUUCUGGGGCAAAGAUAACUACGAGCGGUUUUUUGAACAGGUCUCUAUCACUCCGCAGCCAUUGACAGACACAGCCAAGAAUCUAUCGCAGAGCACCUGGUGGGUCUAUGGCCGGAUACUCCUGGACGUUCCGUACAGUGAUCAAGCCAGUACAUGUAUGGAGGCUCCUGAUGGUGGAGGAAAAGAAGAAUGA